AUGCGGAGCGGUCUCACUCUGCGAGCGACGCGAGUGAACUCGGCCGCUUACAGGUGUUUUCUGCAGGCACUUCGUCAGUGCGGCGUGGAGUACGCUCCUGCUCUGCCAGAAAACCCGCCUGGUAGCCUUUCUCAUACGGCCGGGGCGCCGUUUUCACCUCUCUUCACGACGCAGUUUGACCCGCACCAGCACCAGCUGACCACCUUGGGAGAUGCUCUUGUCGAUCGUUACCUGUCCGGCGCGGUGCUAAAGUACUGUACCCGCCGCGGCAUCACGCUCACCACCAACGCUGCAAGCGAGCUCAACGCUGUCCUUCACAACCACUUCGCUUUGCGGCUUUUCGCCAAAGAGUUGCACUUCGACGCGAUGGCGCUGAGCCGCGAAGAGGCCGAUUUCGAGUCGAAUAAUCCGUCUGUUGCACCUCCUCUGCAUUUUCUGGAGGCGGAAACGCCGCUGCUGAGGAGUCAGGACGUUGCGGGAACGUCGUACCAGGUGGCGCUGCUCCAUUGUGGGCAGAGCUCGCUUGGAUGGAAGUUCUCGCACUUUGUCGGUGCUGUGCACCAGAGCUUGGGACUAGAUGCGGCCACGCGCGUUCUGGAGCACGUGUACCAGCUGCAUGAUGAGCCGAACGUGCCGAGGCAAGCCUCCAAGUUGCUGCUCCGUGUGCUUGAGCACUUCCCGGCGAUGAAUGUGGCAGAGGCGAUCCUCGCAGUGCAAGGUCUAUCAGCGCAUUACACCACUCGAUCUCGCGUGCUGCCUGGCAACUCCGAGCAGUCCGCUGAGUCCCCACGCGCAGCUCAAGCUCCGUCGUCAGGGAUGCCACCGCCAAAUCAUGGAGUUGGCGCUGGCAACAGCCGCGAAGGCGAUACUGAUGAGCUUGCCCUUGUUGCAGGCUUUAGUCCAACUGGCACCAAGGCGAGAGAUAUUACUCUCGAGUCCCUGACUGAGGGCACCCCACUGUCCAGCAGUCUGGCCAGUGGUCCUGGCCUGAUUGAUGCUGUGGAUCUGUGGCGUCGCCGCACACAAGAACUCGUAGCUCGACAGCUUGAACCUGCGCACGAGGCGACUGCGGCGCCGGCAUCUUCAACAGCAGCGACGGACGGUUGGCUGUCUGCGGAGGAGCGGGCGACCUACCAGCGUGGUCCAGCCUUUGCCGGCUGGGUGGAUGUUGCCUCGACCCCGUCCUUCGCCGAUAUGUACGGGAGUUCCCACCCAGAGGACGGCCACAUUGUACGCCGCACAAAAUUCAAAAAGCAGGUGCGCGACCCCCGCUUUUAUGACAAGAUGUCCGACGCGCGGAAUGGCGUGCCGUUCGACACAAAUGGGGAGCCUCUGACCGAGUACCUCGACCGUUUCGCGAAACGUCAUCAGAGGAUCUUUGAGGUGACAAUGCAGUCCUGCGCAGCCGGCGAGCUGAAGCUCGUCGGCCGCGCCAUCUCUACUCGUUACACCACUGCCAGGGAAAGCGCGUGCCGCUCGUUUAUCGGCGGCGUGCUCCACGACAUCCUGACUCUGGCUGGUACGGCCGAUGCGGUCGGCGCCGACAGUGGGCCGGAUGCGUAA